AUGAUUGUGAAAGCAAAGACAGAGAAAGCGCCGGAGGAAGAGCAUGGCUAUGAAUUUGGAGGGCCUCUAGGAGCAGCUGCUAUAGUCUUCGGCUUGCCCAUCCUCGUCUAUGCCUCCAUCUUCCUAUGCAACGAUGUCUCGGGCUGCCCUGCACCUGCCUUACUGGAUCCAAGGACUUUGACACUUGAGAAAUUGAAGAAACAGACGGCAUGGCCUGCGGACGGGGUCUUGGGCUUGUUCGACUUGAAUGUCACUUUAUGGGUGCUGGCAUACUAUGCUCUCAGCGUGGCUCUACAAUUGUUUCUGCCAGGUCAAGAGAUGGAUGGUACAAUCCUGGGCACGGGAGGACGGCAUCACUACAAAUUCAACGCCUUCAACUCUGCGGUUCUCAUCCUUGCCGGUCUGGCCAUUGGCACUGCUGUACAAGGUGCCCACUUCGUGGUUUGGACCUUCAUCUGGGACAACCUUCCCCAACUUGCCACGGCAAAUAUCCUCGUUUCCUCUGCCCAGGCAAUCUAUGUCUAUCUGCGCUCCUUCAGCGUUCCUCACCCAGGUCAACCAAACCCUGAGAAUAGGGAGCUCGCAAAGGGAGGGCACACUGGGAACAUGAUCUACGACUUCUUCAUUGGCCGGGAGCUGAACCCACGCGUCACCGUUCCGCGCUGGAUCCCCGUCGCAGGCGGUCAGGUGAUUGACAUCAAGGUCUUCAAUGAGAUGAGACCAGGCUUGCUGGGUUGGAUCAUUCUCGACCUUGCAUUCAUUGCCCAUCAGUACCAGGCGCAUGGCUUCAUUAGCGACUCCAUCAUCCUCAUCACCGCUUUCCAAUCGUUAUAUGUCUUCGACGCUCUCUACAUGGAGCCGGCCAUUCUGACCACUAUUGACGUGAUCACCGAUGGUUUCGGAUUUAUGCUUGCUUUCGGCGAUGUGGCUUGGGUUCCAUUCAUUUACAGUUUGCAAGUACGGUAUCUGGCUGUCUAUCCGUUGAAGCUUGGAAUAAGCGGCAUCGCUGGCGUUCUGGGCGUUGCAGGCCUGGGGUACUACAUCUUUCGAGGCGCAAACAACGAAAAGAACCGAUUCCGGACAAAUCCCAAGGACCCUCAGGUGUCACACCUCGAAACCAUGACAACCGAGUCCGGCUCCAAGCUUCUAGUCUCUGGUUGGUGGGGUCGUGCGCGACAUAUCAAUUACUUCGGUGACUGGUUCAUGUCUUGGAGCUACUGUCUCCCUACCGGUGUGGCGGGAUACGUCAUCAACAACUACCAGAAUCCUGUCACUGGGCAGGUAACCAGGGAGGUGGUGCAGGGAGAUGCCCGCGGCUGGGGAAUGAUCUUUACAUAUUUCUAUGUCAUAUACUUUGGCGUUUUACUGGUGCAUAGAGAAAUGAGGGACGAAGAGAAGUGCAGGAGGAAGUAUGGAAAAGACUGGAAGCGCUACUGCCAGCGCGUCAGGUGGAGGAUCAUUCCGGGCAUCUACUAG